GGGCCUGUAACACCCCAAAGCCCCAUCGUGACCUCAGCGAGUCACAGCAGUGGCGUCAGCCUUUGCAAAGGGUGAGUGUGCACUUCUCCCCAUGCCUGAGCAGCAGGCAGAGCUGGAACAUCCCUGGUGUCGAGUUGGUUGGAUGAGGCAGAGCACCGCACAUGCGCAACGCAUUGCACACCUCCAGGAAAAGGAAAGGCUUGGCUACACGCUUAAGGCCAAAGUGGGAGCUGUGGGUAUUUGUAUUUUUAGCCACAAAUCAUAAGCGUCCACCAGCGUGCACAGAAGAGAAGGCGACGCUGGAAGGGAGACACGCGGCAAAAACAAAGACCUCUUUAUGCCUGCGGCACCGGGGAGAGAGGGAGCAAACCACAUGGGUUAGGGAACAUCUGGAAUCACUACAUGGGAGCCAAGCGCCGCAGAAAGCAACGGCAUUCCUCAAGUUUCCAUGCGAGGAAGGUGCAGAGUACUCUAGGUGGAAACAAGGUACCAGCCUUUGGACACCAGCGCAGGAAGAAGGAGCUUGGAGGCUUGCUCCAAACUGGAAGCAUACAGGGAACGAGAUCUCUUCUCAGCUGCCAAAAAGAGGAUGUUUCUUCCAUCUGGACUUGGACAUUCCUUCACCCCAUCUCUGCCCCCAAAACCCCAUCCCAAAGGCAGGGAGGGGAAGGACUAAUGAGCUGCUGAUAGCCGGAGAGCAGAUCACAGAGGCUCCACUCCGUCUGCCCAGUGUUCAGACUACCUGUUCAGGACUACGAGAUUGUACAGUAGUCUGCACAUUGGUUAGGCUGUGCUGGGAUACACCACACACUGCCAGUGCUGCACGGGGACGGCAACACCUGCACGGCAGAGGGACAUGCAUGGAGAGGGUGGGCUGCGGGGGCAGCUGCAUGCAGAGUUCACCCAUCCCUCAGCCUGGGAGGAUAACAGCACCCUUUGAAGCCACGCUCGAUCACUUUUACCUGCCUGCUUACCAGCCUGCUCACAUUCUUCUUACUCUUUCUCCACCUCUCCUUCAUUCCCUUCUCAGCCAUCCAUCCUUUCUUUCAGCUUUGUGUACUUGUCCCAGGGAUGGCUACGCUGAUAGCUUGUUUCACGUGCUAAGCUUUGCCAUAAAGUGCAGAGAGAAACAGAAGGGCCUGGUGGAGCAACAACUGCACUGCACUUUGCUACCUGAGAAGGCAUGAUCGAGCAGAGAAAGGUGAAUGGAGAGAGGGGAAUUCACAUCUUAAAGAAUGCUGAUGUUUUAAAAAAAGAAAAAAAAACUAAAGGAUUGAAAGUUGGAAGUUUGAAUGUUCUGGAAGUUGUGUUUGCUUUGAUGUUUGUCUGGAAAAUAAAAGAGAAACAGUGAGUGAAAGCAUAAAUGAGGACUCAGUAAGAGAAAAGAGUUUAUCCGGGGAAAACUCUUCUUUUGAAGAAAGUAAGUGAAUCAAAGAGCUACGCAGAUGAUGUAAAGAUGUUUCACAGAGCAGCUAAGAGUGCUGUGAAAGUAGCAAAGGAAAAACCUCCAAGCAGACCUGCUUGUUAAACGAAAUGGGUGCAAACACCAGGAUGCAGCUGGAUCAGAGGCACCACCUCGUCACCAGUUUGAGGGAAUCAGAGCAAAGAAAAGAUUCCGACCAGCUAACCUGGGCAUCAAGGACACAGAUUGGUGGGGCAGAGGUGGGGCAGGCGGGGGCUGCAUGCGUGUGCUGCAGGGGAACAACUUCACUAUUGAUCAAUGUAUUUAUUUCUUAAGUAGAAUUGGGUACAAAACACCAAAAAAUACAGGAUAAGCAGCCAAUGGCGGUCAGUGAGGUCAUGUUCUUCCCAGAACAAGAGAGUACCUUUGUGCUCCAACCAAAAGAAAGGCACUGAGAGCCCAAGCACAAGUGAUGUGAGAGGAACCAACACGAUGCAUAAAGAAUCUGAAGCAUCCUCACAUAUCCAACCUGAAGCCACCAGGAACUCUGCACCCAUCCCUCCUGUACACAGACAGGAAUCACAAGGCAGCUGCAGUGCAUGCAACACAUGCACGCACACAGCAAGUAAGGCCAUGCUCUUCUCAUGUAGUCAUCUAUUAUGCAAAUCCCACGUUUCUAGUAGGUGAUUUACCUGAGGACAGAAGGUCCAUCUGUAUCACACGUUCACACAAAUUGCCAGAGGAACAGCAGAUCUCUCCAUCUGCACAUGCACUCCUGUGGACACUGACAGAGCAGGGAGUGCGGGGUCCCUCCAGCAGGCAGCAAGCUUUACUGACAGCAACACAGGACUCACUGCAUCCUGCCUGCCAGCUCCCCAGCACCACAUGCUCUGGCAGUCCCUCUUUUGCAUCCAGAGGGAAAGAUGAAGUGAGCACUGAGGAUUUCACAGGGGAUUCAGGCAGCACUAUUUGAAUCAAGUCCUUGUAGCACAUCUGCUACAAUGCUUACUGAGCAGCCGGACAGCAUGCUGUGGUACUGCUCUGCUCCAGCACUGGGGACUCUGUGGCUUCCCUGAGCAAGGAAACAUUCUAUAUUGCCAGCAGCCAAGGCAGGCUCCUCCCUGCCUCUCCCUCCCACACUGGCCUGCAGUCCCCAGCCCUUGGGAGGUGCAGGUACCACAGGGGGUCACCGGCUCUGGGGGAGGCCAGCUGCCCGUGGGGCAGCUCUGCAUAGGGCCCAACAUCUGCCUCCCUGAGUGGAGACAGGAAGAAAAACAGAACUCGGGAGCACACACACACCACACAAAUGCUUUGGCAGUAUGGCAGAGUGGGGAGCCAACUUUCCACCCCCGUCUGGCCCCUCUUUCCUUCCCCUCCCAUUCCCCAGCACACUCCUUCAAGGCCCCUCCAGAGCAUCAGCAGCCAUCUCCCCACUAACACGCAACGCCGGGCCCUUUAAGACAUUUUAAGUUUCAAUUCCUUUCUUCAGAGGCAGAGGAAAAACAAACCAGCUUUGCGGAAAGACUGGUAUUUCACUAAUGGGGUCCAGAUGUCUCCAUUCCUCAGACAUUGGUCCUGGCUUGCAAAACAGGGCAGGGAGAGGCCAUGUCCCCACUCCCCCCAGCUCCCUGCAAGCCGGGCUUUUCCCCUGACCCCACCACACCAUGUCACCCCUUGCCUUCCCAGUCCACCUCUCACAACUCUGCCACCAGCAGGACAGAGCCAGCUCCCUCCUCAUUUCCUCCAGCCAGCAGUCAGAGCACAAGGAACAGGGAGCACAGGGCUGGGCAAAGCCUCCCCCCUCCUCCC